ACAUCCUGGUAAUUAGCAGAACAUUGGAGAUUGGGAUAUUCUUGACCAGGAUUCGACUUGGGGUCAACUAAGCAGGCCUAGGGAAAUGGUCGCCGAUGCAGUCAUAGUACCCAUACUAUCAUCCGAGAGGCCAGGAUGAACUUUCAGGUUGAACUAGUUGCGGUCUACGAUCUAUAAAGAUUCGUUCCAACAUGCGGGGUAUCGCAUGCUGCUAACACUGGCUCUACUCCAUCUACUUCCCGGACAACAGAAUGGCUGGAAAGACUUCCUACCGUAUUGCAUCUAUUCCAGGAGACGGAAUCGGCCUGGAGGUGGUCAAGGCGACAAUCAAAGUAGUCACCAAGCUGGCACAAACUCUCGGUACCUUCGACAUCGAUUUCGACCACAUCCCAUGGGGAACAGAUUACUACCAGCAGACGGGUCGGUAUGCGUCUGAAGACGCCCUGGAAAUUCUGCGAAAGUUCGACGCAGGUUUGUUCGGCUCAGUAGGACAUCCAGAUGUCCCCGACCAUGUUUCCCUUUGGGGCCUGCUUUUGGCCAUUCGUGGGCCCCUACAGCUCUACGCCAACGUUCGUCCCGUGCGCACUUUUCCGGGGACCAGGUCUCCUCUUGCAACUGCAACGGAGGGAAUCGAUUGGAUGCUUGUUCGAGAGAACUCGGAAGGCGAAUACUGUGGUCAGGGUGGAAUCAGUCACAUCAAUCAGCCAUGGGAAACCGCAACGGAAGUGGCGAUCUUCACUCGAGUCGGUAUCGAAAGGAUCAUGCGAUUUGCUUUUGAGACUGCACGCUCGAGGCCGCGCCGCCAUCUCACGGUGGUGACCAAGAGUAACGCCAUGCGAUACGGCAUGGUCCUAUGGGACAAGAUCGCGGAGGAGGUAUCGAAAGACUUUCCCGACGUACCCUGGGAUAAGAUGCUGGUGGAUGCCAUGACUAUUCGUAUGGUGAACAAGCCAGAGUCACUGGACACUAUCGUGGGCACUAAUUUACACAUGGACAUCCUGUCUGAUCUCGCUGCUAGCCUAGCAGGGUCGAUCGGCGUGGCUCCCUCGGCAAACCUGGAUCCUACACGAAAGAACCCGUCCAUCUUCGAGCCAGUCCAUGGGAGUGCCUUUGAUAUCAUGGGCAAGGGUAUCGCCAAUCCCGUGGCUACUUUCUGGUCAGCUGCGGAAAUGCUGCAAUGGCUGGGGGAGAAGGAGGCUGCGAAGAAAUUGAUGGACUGUGUGGAGAAAGUGUGCGCAGCUGGUAUCUUGACGGCUGAUCUUGGUGGCACCGCAACGACUCAAGAUGUGGUCGAUGCAGUCAAGAAGGAAAUUGAGCAAUUCAUCCACUUUUCUGAUAUCUUUUUCACUGGGUACUCACAACUUGCUGGAGAGGGGCAUCAUGCUCCUGUCAAGAUGCGGUCUCCAGUACCCGCGUCCGGUCCGUCUGAAAUCGGGUCCUUGACUGCACACUCCCAGGAAGAAAGUGAAUUCGUCGGCAGCUCCAGCGGCGUUUACUUCGUCAAGACCGUGCGACGGGCUUUUUCCCAGAGCCUGGGCCCGUUAGAUGCUGCGUCUUCUAGCCAGGGAUUUCCGCCCCCCGAAGAUACUCUUGUAGGCAGCGAAGAACUGCCCUCUGCGCGGCGAUCGGCUUCAGUGCCUACCGCAACAUCUCCACUCGCUCGCGCGACUGGCCAUGCCUUGCGACACUGGAAAUAUGACUCCACGGUAGCAGCGAUCCUGGGGGAAUUUCCGCCGCUGGGUACAGCCCGGGAGCUGAUGAUGAUGUACUUCAAAGUAUGGCAUCCGCUGUUUCCUUUCCUACAUGGUCCGUCGUUUCUACAGGCCAUGGAAGGGCUAUGCUCCGAAGGACCUGAGUCGACCGUGGAGGCUCUCCCUUCAGAAGAACAAAGACAUGCUUGCUGGACCAUCAUCUUUCAAUGCGUCUUCAAUCUGGCUGGCUUAUUAUCUCCGCAAGCGAAUCUUCUUCCGGAAUCGCGCAUCGAGUCCCCUAGCAAAAUCCAUACCCUGCUGGGAACUCUAUCUUGCAGACACGAUCUUCUCUCCGUGCAGGCGCUUCUCGCCUGUCAACUGUAUCUCGUAGCCAAGAUGUCACUUCGCGCAGCAUCCACUGUCGGUGGCUGUGUGCUUCGAUCUAUACUACACGCGGGCCUCCAUCGCUGCCCAUUUCGUUACAAGGAACUCACCUCUCAUGACCGACAGCUACGCAAGAGGAUCUUCUGGUCCGCAUAUGCCAUCGACCGAUACCUGAGUCAAACGCUCGGUCUGCCUCUUGGGAUCCAAGAUUCGGAUAUUGAUGUCUGCCCGCCUCUUGCCACCGAGAUUCACAUUCCAGGUUCUUAUGAGAGGAUCAAUGCGAUCAGACGCGCCAUUUCCCCGAUCUCUCCAGGAUCGUCGCCCAUCUCACCAGAAGAAGACCGAUCACUCCAACCCAACAAGUCAGCUUAUGGCCAACAGCCCCCGGCAGCAAGCCACCUGCCGCCGAGGGAUUUCGUCGAGAAUCACGAACAGCACCGACGAGAACUCGUUUUCGCCAGCUACGUCGAGUCCGGCAAACUAACAGGGCGAGCGCUCGAACUCUUCCACAAGUCCAUUCUCGUGCGCUCCGUCCCUCACAGUGCGGUGCUUUACCUCAUCACCGACGUCCACAAAUGGUGGAACAGUCUGUCCAUUGAAACCCUUCAGCACGGUGGUCAUAAUCAACAACAACAACAACAGGCUGCAUCCGCCCGGGAAGACGCCUCCACCUCCGCCGCAACCGCCGCAACAGACCCUAACUCCCCCUUCAACUUUGCUCCCUUCUUCACCGUCCUCUACCAGCAUCUCAUCCUCCUCAUCAACCGCCCCUCCCUGUCCCUCCACCCGUCCAGCCCUGAAUUCUGCUCCGGCCUGCAAACCUGCAUCGGCGCCGCGCGGGAGAUCCUCGCAGCCCUGACCAUCCAACAAGAAAGCGGCCAGGCCUUCUUCUGGCCCGGAUUUCUAUCGGCAGCAUGGAUGUCCGGACUAGUUCUCGCGUUUGCAUGUCAACUCCAACAAUACGUUCUGGCGAAGGGAUCCCGAGAGAUUUUUAGAUGCCUCUCCAUCCUUGAAAGCAUGGCCCGUCAAUGGGAAACCGCCAAACAAUGCCACAGAUCCCUCACUCUUCUCUCCCGCCACAUCCAUCAUCACCACCAAACCACCAGUACUAGUACCAUCCUCCAGCGCCCCGGAACGGCAAAUGAUACUCCUCGGACUCGAAAACGCAAGCUAGAUGACCACGAUCACGACCAAGACCACCUCCAGCAGCAACAGCAACAGCAACAUGCCUCAGACCGACCAAUUCCCUCAAGUGGUUUUGGUCACCGUCGCAGCAGCAGACUUCCUCCAACUGCAGUUUUGAGCCAUCUGGUCGCUGAAGAUUCCCUCGCUUAUGGCCACAAGAACAACAACAAUAAUAAUCAUAAUCAAAGCGAUGUCACUGGAUCAGCGGAGCCUUUGCUGGAUGCGGGACUCUUGGGCAAUCAGCAGCAUCUUCAUCACGAGAGAAGUAGGGACGGUGGUUACGGUGACCCAGAGGACAGGGGCCAAUUCUCUGGCUUCAUGGCCAUGGAUGGGGUGGAUGCUGAUAUGAUUGACUUGUUGCAGGGGAGCAACUUCGAUGACCUGGCCGACAUGUUCGGACAGCAAUUCCCUACCUUCUAG